UGAGAGGAAGACGAUCGUGUCUGGAGCUAAAUUAGUGGCACUGUCCUUUAUCAUGGCGACACUCAGACCGUUCGAUAAAAUGCCUAUGCUUAACGCCGCUGCAUUACUGUUAGUGGGGACAGAAGAAAGUCAUAGAGAACAGCUGGCAAGUGCUAUGUUGAAAGAGCCAAAAACCUUUGAAGUAAAGAUUCACAUGGCACAAUCACUCCCACUGCCUUAUGAAAGGGAACACUUACGCCCCCGGUUUGAUAUGGUGGUCUUUCUGAUCAACCUGCACAGCCAGUUCAGCCUCUCCACUGUUCUUGCAUCUCUCACACAUUUAGAUGUUAACUUCUUUCUUGGGAAAGUGUGUUUUGUUGCCAUUGGAGGUGGCCAAGUGAAACACUGUAUGGUUGAUAUAGCCACAGUAAAGAAGCUUGCUGACACACACCUAAGCACCCUGCUUUUUUCUGAGUUUGAUAGCGAAGAUGAUGUGACCUGUACAGCGCGGAGGCUGCUGCAGAUGGUUCAGAUUUGUGCAGGAUUGGUUCCUGGUAUCUCUGCGCUGUAUCUAGGGUCAUUUAUGAAUAGCACUUUACAGACAGACCAGUUUUAGCUCAGUUCUUCUGCCUGUCACUACAGCUAAAGUAGGAUUCCUACAGAAUCCUAUUCUACACUAGACUGUGGCAGUUAUAGUGCAGUCUGUCUUUACCUAAUAUUGAAGUCACACUCACCAUCUGUAUGUAAUGGACCAAAGAGUCUGCUGUUUCUGUUCAGUAGCAUGCACCCAUUACUUUCUCUUACCUCUCUCUAUAUGUCACAUCAUUUACUGCCUUUGCACUGUCUGUGUGUAAUCACAUAAUGAGUUAGUGUCUUCUUACAGAAUCAUUCAGAUCUGCUGAGCCCUUUCACUGAGGGGUAAACACCUAUUAGGCUAUAAUCAGACCAGGAUUGUUCUCGGCCUGCGGAUAAUCACAGGUUAAGAAACAACCUGACCAUUUACCUCUUCUCUGUGUUGUUUCUGCACCCAGAGCCACUGCAUCAGCCCAGGUGCAUAUCAAUGCUGAAAUCCAAUCGUGUAGAAACAACACAGAGUGAAGGUGAGCUGUCAGGUUUUUUCUUGGCUUGUGUUUAUCCGCAAGCUGAGAAACAGCCUGGUCUGAUCAUAGCCUCACAGUAGGAUUUUUUUUAGCUGUGUUUUGUUUUGUAACAAGUUUUAAAGCGGAACCUACCUGUAGCCUUUUAGAUCAUUCAAGAUCUAGACCAAACUGUGUCCAAUAAGUGUAAAGCCAUUUUCGCUGCAAAAUAUCUGCAGAGUGUGGGCCUAUUCGAAACGUUCAUGCAUUGAACGUGUUCAUUCCUUUACAUGCCACCUGCGUAAAUGAACAAUUGUGCCAUUGUUGCUGAUUUUAAAUUUCUGUUUUUCAAUUUUAUCUAUGCAGUAUGUUUACUGGCGACAUGUGGCACAGAUAACUUAGAAACCACUAACAUAAAAGGUUAGAGGAGCAUGCAGACACACUUUGCAUUAAUGUGUCACUUUAAUAAAUGAAAUCUGAUUCAGCAGGUUGGCAGGAAGGGUACAUGAUGGUUGUAAAAUAAUAGUAGGGGCAGAAUUUACAGCAGGACUAUAUAGGAAAAACCUAAGCCAAUAUUCUGUUAGAUUUACCAGAAGCCUCCACUGACUGCAUUUAACAGUAAGGAGUAGCAGAGGCAUGUAUGUAAAACUAAGGUAUUUACCUUUUUUUAUUAAUCUUAUUUUGCUUCAACUAAACUCUCUGCAAUCAUUAUAUAAAGCAAUCAUUUCAGUUAUGAAACAAAAUAUACGUUUUACACUGUGUUUACAGUGAAGCUUUUAGUGAUAUUUAUUAUAUUUUGUCUGCAUAUUUUGCAGCAAUAAAAAUGCAAACAAAGACUAACCAUAGUACCAGGUUUCCCUGGUGACAGAAGUCCAUGCUGUAAUAUAUUACUUUUUAUAUAAGCCAUUUGUAUAAUAAUAAAGACCUAUUUUCUAUUA